CCGACGGAAAGGCCGGGCAUCUGAGCACAAGGACCAGCUUUCUCGGCUGAAGGACAAAGACCCCGAGUUCUACAAGUUCCUGCAGGAGAACGACCAGAGCCUGCUGAACUUCAGCGACUCGGACGGCUCUGAGGACGGAGAGGAGCCGCUGCACUCCCUGCCCGACACGCUGGAGGAAGCCAGUGAAGAGGAAGGUGAGGAGGACGAGGAUGGGGCCUCCAGAGGACCGAAGGGGAAGAAGAGGGAUUCCACCCCGGUGACCCUGGCCAUGGUCGAGAGAUGGAAGCAGGCAGCGAAACACCUGACUCCAAAGCUGUUCCACGAGGUUGUGCAGGCGUUCCGAGCGGCUGUGGCUACCACCCAAGGAGACCCCGAGGGUGCUGAGGCCGUUAAAUUCCAGGUCACAGACGGUGCUGUGUUCAAUGCUCUGGUCACCUUCUGCAUCAGGGACCUCCUUGGCGGCCUCCAGAAGCUGCUGUUUGGAAAAGCCCCAAAGGACAGCGGCAGGGUGCUGCAGCCAUCCAGUAGCCCGCUGUGGGGGAAGCUCCGGCUGGACGUCAAGGCUUACCUGAGCUCAGUCAUACAGCUAGUGGCCUGCGUGGCAGAGGCGACGGUGGCAGCGGCCCUCCUGCAGCACAUCAGCAGCUCCGUGCCCUACUUCUUGACCUUCCCCAAGCAGUGCCGCAUGCUGCUCAAGAGGAUGGUGGUCCUGUGGAGCACGGGCGAGGAGACAGUCCGAGUGUUGGCCUUCCUGGUCCUCAUCAGAGUCUGCCGGCACAAGAAAGACACCUUCCUGAGCCCCGUCCUGAAGCAAAUGUACAUCACCUACGUGAGGAACUGCAAGUUCACCUCCCCCAGCACCCUGCCCCUCAUCAGCUUCAUGCAGCGGACGCUGACUGAGCUGCUGGCGCUGGACACCAGCGUCGCCUACCAGCACGCCUUCCUGUACAUCCGCCAGCUCGCCAUCCACCUGCGGAACGCCAUGACCAUGCGCAAGAAGGAGACACACCAGUCCGUGUACAACUGGCAGUUCAUGCACUGCCUGCAGCUGUGGUGCCGCGUCCUCAGCACCAUCUGCCCCAGCGACACCCUUCAGCCCUUGAUCUACCCCCUCGCCCAGGUCGUGCUCGGCUGCAUCAAGCUGGUUCCUACCGCACGCUUCUACCCGCUGCGCAUGCACUGUGUGCGCAUCCUGACGCUGCUCUCCGAGGGCACCGGCACCUUCAUCCCCGUGCUGCCCUUCAUCCUUGAGGUUUUCCAGCAGGUUGACUUCAACAGGAAGCCAGGACGGAUGAGUUCCAAGCCCAUCAACUUCGCCGUGAUCCUGAAGCUGUCUAAGGUCAACCUGCAGGAGAAGGCUUACCGGGAUGGGCUGGUGGAGCAGCUGUACGACCUCACCCUCGAGUACCUGCACAGCCAGGCCCAUAGCAUCGCCUUCCCGGAACUGGCGCUGCCGGCCAUCCUGCAGCUGAAGUCCUUCCUCCGAGAGUGCAAGGUAGCCAACUACUGCCGGCAGGUGCGCCAGCUGCUGGAGAAGGUGCAGGAGAACGCAGACCACAUCUGCAGCCUCCGCCAGAGGGCCCCCUUCGGUGUGGCCAACCGGCAGGCCGUGGAUGACUGGGAGAAGCAGGCCCGAGAGGAGGGGACUCCGCUCACCAAGUACUACAGCCAGUGGCGGAAACUGAGGGACCGGGAGAUCCAGCUGGAAAUCAGCGGCAAAGAGCGGCUGGAAGACCUGAACUUCCCCGAGAUAAAGCGGCGGAAGCUGGGGGACAGAAAGGAUGAGGACAGGGUGGAAUUCAAGGACCUCUUUGACCUGGACAGUGAUGACGACGAUGCUGCAGACUUCUCAGAGAGAGUUACACCUAGGUCUCCGGGAGCUCAGCAGGGGGUAGAGGACGACGACCAGGAUGACGACGACGAGGAUGAAGACGAGGAUGGCAGCAGUAGUGGCCAAGAAGGUAGCAACUCAGACGAUGGAGGCUCAGAUGCAGAGUCAGGGCUGGCCCCCCGGGAGCUGUGGCGACUGCUUGCCCAGGGGCCGGAGGAUGAACUGGAAGACCUACAACUCUCUGAGGAGGACUGAGGGCCACCAUCCUGGUCUGCCUGCAGUGCCCCAUCUCACCAGCAGUUCAGCCUUGGGCCUGAGGCCUUGGGGUCAGUGCCCAUACCCCAGGAAGGACAGUAGAUGGCGGACAGGGCUUUAUUUUUACAACAUAAAAGACCAGGAAGUACCAAGCACUGUGCUGAUCACUGGAGUGGCAGCCUUGGUGACUGACACCUGCAUUGUGGAGCCAGCCCACUGCUGCACCCAAGGGUGCUGGGCGCCCAUGAGGGAAGCUGAGCUCUCACCUGAUGUCAGGACGCUGAAAUCUCACCGCAGUCCCAGUUCCCGAGGGAGCCAGGGGCCGGCCUGGCCAGCGAACCGCUUGUCUUUGGUUUGUCUGCAGCCCCCAGGUUGGAUCCCAGGCCUGUGCGCCAGGCUCUGUGUCACCCCCAGAAGUCUUUGAAAACACAUUCCUUUCCUCUUAA